GUUUCUCGCUGUUUGCCGCUCUCACGCCGCGAAAACAUGUUCCAGUGGAACUGGGGAAUCAUGUUGCUCUUGGUCUUUGCCGUUGGUGUUGACGGCAUGGAGGCCAAACAGGAGCCGGCAGAUGCCGACGAACACGAUUUGGAUGAUGAGUUCCUUGCACAGGUUCUCAGCGCAAGCCUCGGUGACCCGUGCAAGGUGGAAGAUCCGGCCUCAGAGGCUGUUGUCGCAGCCCCUGACGACCCUUACCUGGGUGGCAUUGACCUGGAUGACCUGGACGAGGUCAUCCGGGAGGGCGCUUCUCCUGUUGAGGGUACGGAAGGUGAGGAUGUUGGUAAUGGUGUCGUGGAAGCUGAGGAGAUUGCAGCUUCGCCCGACAAUUCGGACGACGGGUCCGUGGAAAUGGGCGAAGAGGUCCCAGGGGCACCAUUGCCGAACCCGUUGGGGGCAUUCCUGGCAGCCACUGAACACAUCGAUGUUGACCUGUUCGCAACUUACGCUCAAAACCCAGGUCUCUGGCAUCGCCUCAUCACCAAAGCCUGGAAACAGGCUGUUCGGCUACACCACCCUGAUGCCCAGGGCGGCCACAACCAGUUCCUUGACCUGACCGAAGCUAAGGAGACCUUGCUUGCUUGGGCGGCUGAGUUCACAGCCGUGAAGAAGGCUUGGCCUCAAGCGCAUCCCAAAUGUUUCUGCGACAGCUGUCGCGCACUCAUUCAACGCAUGCUGCUGUGCCCAAAGUGCCUGGGCCUCAAAACCAACACCGGCCAUGCAUGUGGAGCCUUUUCAAAGCAGUUUGGGAUAUUUCUCCGGACCGCAAAGCAUAAAGCCACCAUCCUGCACCUAGCCAUGCUGGUGGCCCACGGCCUUUCCGAGGAAAAGGCGAUUGAGGAGGUGAGGACUCAGCUGGCAUGCGACCAAGAGGCCGCAAAAACCAGGGCUGAGCUGGAAUCGGAGCUCGCCGAACAGGCUGGAGCCGCAGGAGAUAUUCCCGACGUCCCUCCGGGCUGGGUCGCUCCAGAUUGUCCACCAAACCUGGCCCUGGACCACCCUGGCCCGACUCAUGUAUGCCCCGUCUGCAACCAUAACAGCAUCCAGUGGGAAGCGGUGCGCAUGGCCACGGGCUUUCUUAAGCCCUGGUUGCGCUGCACGCGCUAUCCACGCUGUCCGUUUUCCUACAGCCCCCGACGUGGGGUCCAUCGAGACAGACGCCACCCAGAUCAGCGACACUAA